AGUCACACAUUUCUCACGGCUGAGUCACCUGCAGUCAGUCUGUGAGUUUUAAAGUCGCUAAGAUGGGCAUGACUGUUACCAUUAUCGUAGGAUAUCUGCUUAUCUACUCAGUGUUUGGUAGUCAUGACCGCUGGUAUGAGGCUGGCAGUGGUGAGAAGGUGCUUGCUAGAGAAGAGGUUCAGCUUCGUGGUCUCUGCGGAGCAUGUAAGUGGAUUGUGAAUAAAGUGAGAAAAGCUCUUCCCCAAGAUGCUGACCAGGAUGAGGUCAAAGAGAAGCUGAAGACGGUGUGUAACAAAAUAGGCCUCCUGAAGUCCAUUUGCAAGAAGUUUGUGGGGAAAUACAUCGCCAAACUGGUGGCGGAGAUCUCCUCUGCGGAUGAUGCAAAAACUGCAUGUGUUCACCUAAAAGCCUGCAAGUGAUUGUUUGUUUUAAAGAAUAAAGUUUAAAGUUUAGAGUC